UGAACCGUAACGUAGUAGGAAAUCUUCUCCUCCGUUUCGAUCUAAAACUACCACUUAUAUGCGUGCUUCUUACACUUGCAUACGUUUGGUGUUGACGGUACAGUCUCCUCUUUGCGCGAGUUGGACGAAAUUACCUGUCUACAAAUGCGGUGCUGAAGUACUUCAUACUCUUAUCAUACCGCGAUUUGCAAACAAUUUCAUUUUAAUAUUGAGGAAAUUGUAGGAAACACUUGCUUGCUGGAAUGGAAAAAUCGUGUUUUGCGGCAGAUUGUACUCUCCUUGUGCUAAUUGGAGCCACAUACAUAAUGAGUGUUGCUGGUGACCUGAAGAGCUGCAAUGGUUCCACGUACAUUUUCAAUCAGAGCGACGGCUAUAAUUGGUAUACAAGCAAAAACGUCUGUGAACUGUCUGGAUGUGCCCUUGUUUCGAUUGAGAGUCGCGAGGAAUGGAACUUCCUGAGACAAACCAUCCAAAAUAUGCCAACCGAAGAAUACUUCAUAGGCUUGAGUAAAGAUGCAGCUGGAGUAUGGAGAUGGUUAAGCGAUAACAGCACCGUAAAUGCGUCUAAAAAUAAUGGGUGGCCCUGGGCAAAGGGACAACCUAGCGACGAUGGGGAUCUCGAGCAAUGCGCCCAAAUGUAUAAAGAUUACACCGGCCAAGGCCGGUAUAAUGAUAUGAGUUGUUCGCUCAAAAUGACCGGGUCAAAAGCAGGAUUCAUAUGUGAAUGUAAAUAUGGAGGAGAGGAAAAACCAGCGAGGGUGACGGUGUCCACCAUAACAGGACUGACUGAUGAAUUCCAGACAUCGAAAACUGCACGGGUUAAAAAUUUGUCUACAACCGCGACAACAAGUCAGUCAGAAUUCCAUUCAAGCACUAUUCAAAGCUUAUCACUCUAUGACACAGAGCCCCUUUUUUCAUCUUUUUAAUGAGGAUUUGAAUCCCACUAUAAUAUGAUGUAAAUCAGUAAU